UUCCAUCAACUUUCCUGCCUCAUAGGAAAGAACACAAAAAAUUCGGCAUGCAGGGCACAUGCCGGACCACGGACACACGCGGCAAUGGCGUUACGGAUAAAUAUGGCGGACGAUCAUCUCGACACUGCUUGCAAAGUCAACCUGUCGGGCUGUCCGGUCGAAUUUCCAAAUGGCAUCAAAGGUUUCAAUGAUGCCUUUCUCACUCUCGCUCUCACUCUUACACACUCUUUCUAUCACUACUAUAUACCCCGAACAUACAUGUUCAUCUUGUUUACUUCGAGGGGAGCUAACAUGGCAUGCACCAUCUAUCCCCUCUCAAUAUAUUAUCCCAUUUUAGACUUCUUUCGCAUAACCAGCUUUCACAGUGAAUGGCGCUCUUGACGAACUAGGAAUUAGGAUUGGAUGCAGGCUUUUCUUUUUGAAAGUAUAUUUUGGUUUUCUUAUCACUUUCUUUGUCUAUAUACCUUUUCCCCUCGCCUUUUCAUUCGUUGGUUUGAGUUUGAUGGACAUAUCAUAUUUCGUCCGGUAAAUUAGAUACUGCGAUGUAAUUUAAUUAGUGC